AUGGAAAACAAUACUGUCAGUUUAGAUGUGUUGCAGCUGGAGGGGUUAAAUGUGAGCCCCAAAGCUUCUGUCCCCGCCUUCAUCCUCCUCCUCCUCAUCUACGUCUUCAUCAUGGUGUCCAACAUCGGCCUGGUGGUCCUGAUCCUCAUGGAGACGAGCCUCCAUGAGCCCAUGUAUCUGCUCUUCUGUAACAUGAGUAUAAACGACGUGUUUGGAGCCACGAGCAUCAUCCCCCGUCUGCUCAGCGACGUGUUUACUCCAUUCUCUCAGAGAUACAUUCAUUACCUACACUGUGCUGUUCAGGCCUUCUGUAUUCACUUUCAUGCAGGGGCCUCUUAUUCAGUGCUCAUGGUCAUGGCUUUUGAUCGCUACGUGGCCAUCUGCAACCCUCUGCGAUACACCACAAUAAUGACCAACAGGAUGGUGGUGAAGCUGUCGUUGGGGGCCUGGGUAGCAGCCCUCAUCUUUGUCACAAUCCUCCUGGGUCUCACCUAUCGCCUGACGCGCUGCAGGAAGAUAAUAAACAACCCUUUCUGUGAUAACCCCUCCAUGUUUAAACUCUCCUGUCAGAAUCUCCUCAUCAACAACAUCUACGGCCUCGGCAUGGCCGUUGUGAUCCUGGGCUCCUCCCUCUGCAGCAUCUCUUUCACCUACCUGAGGAUUGCCAUGGUGUGUUUGAGCAGCAAGAACAAGGUGCAGAUCAGCAAAGCGCUGCAGACGUGCAUCUCUCACUUAGCUGUGUUCCUCAUCCUGCUCCUGUCAGGCGGCAUCAUCAGCAUCCUCCAUCGUUUCCCUAAAUUAUCAGAUGAGAGGAAGCUUGCGUCCAUCUUGUUCCAUGUGGUUCCUCCCUCUUUGAAUGCUGUUAUCUAUGGACUGCAAAUCAAAGCAGUGAGAGAGAAAAUAAAGAUCAUAUUCAACAGCAGUGUGUCAGAGAAAUGA